AUGAGGGAUGAUACCCCCAAUAUCAUCGCCGCAGCCGCCGUGACGCUCCCUCUGGCUACUGUUGCCCUCCUCCUCCGACUCCUCUCGCGUCGAAUCACAAAGACUGGAUAUGGCUGGGACGAUGUGUUUGCCAUUGUGGGUUGGAUCGGCUCAUUGGCACUCUUGAUCAAUGGCAUGAUCUGGAUUCGCAAUGGACUCGGCCGACCGAUGGACUACAACCUCUCCAAGGACUACACGUACGCGGAUAAGCAGCGGACUGCUUGGUUGCAGAUCUGGUGCACGAGCAUGACCUAUACAUUUGCCAUCGCCUUUUCCAAGUUUGCGAUUGUUGCCUUUUACUGGCGACUCUUCAAAUAUUCCGACAUUCGCGUCCCGAUUCAGGUCCUCUCAGCGGUCACUGUUAGCUGGUUCUUCCUCCGACUGUUUAUGGUGACACUGCAAUGCAUUCCCACUUCAGCCUUUUGGGAAGAGCCCCUUGAGACAAAGACUCAAAAGUGUCACGUUCGCGAAUCCGCCUUCUUCUUCUCGACCGUCCUUACGCAUGUCCUGAUCGACUGCGCCAUCCUCGCACUGCCUGCCAUCGAAGUCGGCAGGCUUCAUCUUCCAAAGGGCCAAAAGGUGGCCGUCAUCGCCUUGUUCGCAUUUGGCGCCGUGACUUGCCUCGCCUCAAUCUUUGUCCUCAUCGAAUCGUUCAGGUACAAAUCGGACUCGCCAGAGCCGACGUUGCAAUUCGGUCCUCACUACGCUUGGUCCAUCGCGGAAUGCAACCUGGCCGUAAUAGCUGCUUCCCUACCGAUGCUCCGACCGAUCGCCCGAAAGAUCCUCCCGGGAUCAUUUCUCAGCUCCAACAGUGGCGGCGGCCAAUCGACUAAAGCCAGCGCACCCUUCAGCAACGGCAUCAAGCUCACGGGCAUCACCAAGACCAAAGAGCGCGACGGCGACGGCUCAAGCUCUACACACGAGCUGACACCGGGAAUGGAUCCUGGACCGUCAGACUUUGAUGCACCCGACUGGCCGCACAGCGCGCAGACGGUGAUAUCGAGCCCUUGGCGAAAGUACACGUCAUCCCGGGACUUUCAGGACCUGGAGCAGGGCGGCGGCAUCCACGUACAUAAUGAGACGGCAAUAAAUGUCGAACGGAUAUGA